CUAAGAUGAAGAAGAGUGAUCGAUUUCCUCAUAGUGCUGCUAAUCUUGUUAUGUUGCUCGCUUAGCUUAUAUGGAAUCGCGUUUUGCAAUUUGCAUGACAGACAAAAAUGAUGGUCGCAACAAGAAGAGCAUACGGAUACGCAGAACACCAAGGGUCCACGGAGCUCCUUGUGAACCACAUCAUGGACGAGGCAGUGGUGGACCAAGGUAAAGCAGGAGGCGGACUAAGUGCCGCUCCUUCAUCGACAAGUGAAGCGCUACGCAACAUCUUACGCAACAUCUGGAUGGAAUUUGAAGCGAUUACAAAGUCCAUACCUUUACCAACUACGAACAAUCCAAGUCAACUACAGGAGCAUGGACUACUUGAGAAUAAGAAGCUUCUCCUCGUCGACUGUUUCGAAAGGUCUAUUAAAUCGCGACUUUCACCGACACAUCCAUUUCACCUCUCAAGAACGCAGCUACACUUUGCAGUGCUGGUGUAUUGUUGCUCCUGUAGCAGGGCUCACAUCGGAAGCGGAGUCUACGCGUCAUUACUUCAACGAUUGGACUCUUGGUUUGUAGACGAAUUGCGACUUUGGUUGGAAGCGACUAGUACUUGCGCAGGAGAACAAGGAGAUGCUGAUGCUCCUCUUGAGGACAAGAUGAAUUGGCGAAAUUUCAUAGCCGAGAACGAUAUGCAGGGAUUACGCGGAUACCUCGUGGAACGAGGAGACCUAGUACGUUUAUUUGCCGAGAACGAUAUGACAAGAAGGACCUCCAAUCUUUCCAAUGCAGCCU